AUGGCUGAUGACGAGGCCACUCAACUGGGUGAACAUCCUGAGAUGCAAGUCGAGAACGAAGGGGAGAUCAUUGGUUCUCCCACGGAACUGGCGGAGGACAGCGAGCCCGACGUCGAUGUCACUGGGAGUGGUGCUUCUGGGGUGAAUCCGAGAAAAGUGAAGAUUGAGAAAAAACGGCGACGUGCAGCACGCGGUCGAGAUGAUGGUCUGCUACCACCCGUACCUGAUGACACCGAUGACGAGGACAGCCCUUCUAAGCGAGCCCUCCGCAGCGACGAUCAACCUCUUUCAUCGCGUGAAAUGAGAGAGCUUCUGACUGGACACCUCGCUGAGAUGAAGCUGGCAUGGGGAACUUUCCAAGGCCGUCUCGACAAGGUUGAGGGUGAGCAAUCGCGAGCUGCGUUUGAGGUAACCAACUUGCAGACUCGCAUGAGGGUUGCUGAGAAGGACGUCGUUCAGCAGAAACAACACCUUUCGAAUCACGGCACCGCCCUUGAGAAUUUGACCAACGAGGUGAAAAACAUGAAGGUCAAGCUUGGGGAAAUGGAUGCGAAAAUGUCUUCUUCCUCCGCUGGCGGAGGCCCGUCUGAUGUUGCUGGGAGACCUGAUCCCUGGGCUGCUUAUCUUCAACAACGUGCCCCUAAUUCGGGACCACAAGAACGCAAGGAUCCUUCACAUGUUGGGGAGACUGACAAGGGGGACUUGCUCUCGGCGGAGGAUAUGAGGACACUGGUCGUGGGAGGCUGGCUUCAGGACACCAAGCGCAGCAUCAUAGAGGAAGAGUCGGCAACAGUCCUGGGCAUGGCAGAGCUGAAAGACCUCUUGGACUCUGAGAAGCUCAUUAUCUAUGGUCCUCGUCGCUCUGUCGGCCUCCUACGAUUUGUUACACGACCCGAGGAGGAAUUCAAGGACACCAAGAAUCGCAUGUGGGAAAUUGUGAAAUUACUGGGACGCCUCAAACAUGCCUUGCCAAGCACACGUUCCGCCGGGGAAGAGAAAACUCUUUGGGCGAGCUUCGUGAAGACCAAAAACGCCAGAGUGCGCAGCUCGCAUGUCAGCAUGGUUCGCCGUGUUGCCAUCGCUCUUGCUAAAGAUCAUGGUCAAGGGGAUGGGGCGAAUUCAUUGAUCACAUCCUACGACUGUGACUGGAACAUGGGGACUUUGUGGAAUGGCUCCGAAAAACUUGGCAGCGCUACUCAUCGUCAACCUAAGGGAAGUGACGAGAUCGUGUUGAUGAGCGGCGGCUGGGUGAACGUUUCGGCUGUGGCUCGAGUUGCAGGAUGUGCCACUGACGAUUCGAAGAGAACAGGGGGUGCCACUCUCGCGUCCGUGUGCAACACGCAGAUGGGGGAGAGUUUGUACCUGGAAUUUGGGUGGACAACGAACAUCGACUGUGAUAUCGUGUUUUGUCAAGAAGUUGCUCGAGGUGAUGUUGGUUGGAACACGGAAGAGAGUGAUGACUUUUAUUGGGUGACGCACCGCCAUGAUGAUCAAUGGCGUGGGGCUGGCAUUGGCAUUGCCUUGGAUAAGUUCGACUCCAUCCUGCAUAAGGUUGCUGGGGCACGUGGAUUUUGGGUGGUGGCUCGUCUCGUUGGUAUUGGUCGCAUUGUCUUGGGAUCACUUCACUGCCACACUGGGGUCACCAAUGCCGUUUACCAGGCUGCUGUUCAUGAAUUCUGUCGGCUGUGUCCGCGCAAGUAUCGUCACCUGCCGUUACUCUGUGGUGCAGACGCAAACGAGCAGACUUUGUGGGACGAGAAUGACGCUACUGGCAAACGUCGCAUUGGCACAUGCUCGUCUAACCUCAACGCGCUGAUCCACGACCUCUUGCAGCACGGGGUUGAAGCCAUUGCACCCACAACUGCGCAUCUCCACACCCCUACACACUAUCCCAGGGAUGAAUCUCGUACAGGCAGACAGAUCGAUGUCCUCCUCUCCAGGCACCUCUAUAUGACCCCGCUCCUCAUCGAUCCUGAUCGCAGACAUGUUAUCGGUAGUGACCACGCCAUCGUCAUGGGUGACAUCAUGGUUGCCUCUGGUCCCUCCAGCGUUCGCUGGGGAAAUGAUUCCCGUGCUAGGUGGGUCGUUAGGGAUAUUCCUGCAACAGAGAUUGUGGAUGAGGAUGACUUGAUUGAGCUGGCUCGCACCUGCACGCGACCUCGGCAGACCUCAAAAUAUAGAGAUCCUGAUGGCAUUAAAGACGCUAUUGCCCAAGCACGCGCUAGUGGCCUCCCUGCUGACUGGAAGUCCGUCCAUCGCAUGCGCCGCCAAGCCCGGAGGAAAUGGUCAGAAGAUCGUCUCGCUGCCAUCGUCAAGGGUGACUGGGAUCAGUACCGUCUUCUUCAGAAUGAGAAAAAACGUAAACGCGGCUGGUGGGGUUCUUUGUUGGCCAAUCGGCGCUCCGUCGACCUUGCAGGUGAGAUCAAAAGUCAUCUCGAAAGCAAAAUGACGAACCCCGAACGCCCGGCUGCAGUCUGGGAGGCUCAGCUUGGUGAACUGAUUCGUGACUGCAAUGAUGGGGGUGAGUUUCGCCCGUUUGUGCUCCUGGAUGUCCGUACGGAAUUGCAAGCGAUGAAAUGUCGCAGCGCGGUUGGGCCGGAUGGUGUGGGUGUACAUCUUCUGCGGGUGCUUGCUAGCGAUGACUUGCAUGGACCGCAGCUACUUUCCCUCAUCAACCACAUAGUUGAGACGAGACAACUGCCUGGCAGCUGGGAGACUAGCUUCCUCGCGCUCCUUGCUAAGAUCAAGUUGCCCGAAAGCCCCGCUGAUUUGCGACCUAUUUGUGUCUCAUCUGCGUUCCACAAGCUGGUCAAUCGCUUGGUCUGCGCCAGGGCACUUCCGAUCAUGGACGCCAAGCUGCUGAUCUUCUUGGCACAGUCACGCGUCUACGGGACGUCACAAAAGAGUGGCGACACCCGCUUCUACUAUGCAAACUUGACGUUGCAGAUCUUCUUGUCCGUCGCCUUUCUGGACGUGGGGUGA